AUUAACCAUUCAAUUCUCUUCUCUUACACAAUCAAAUAAUGGCUUUCUGCUACUCAAACUUCUCCCUUCUGGCAUUGCUUUCCCUCUCCCUCUUUGCUGCUUCAACUUUUGCCAAUGAGUUCUCCAUUGUAGGCUACAAGCCUGAUGACUUAACCUGCAUUGACAAGCUCAUCAACCUCUUCGAAUCCUGGGUCGAAAGGCACGGGAAAAUAUACGAGAGCAUCGAAGAGAAGCUGCACAGGUUCGAGAUUUUUAAGGAAAACUUGGAGCACAUCAAUGAGAGGAACAAGAACGUUAAGAACUACUGGCUUGGUCUCAACGAGUUUGCGGAUUUGAGCCAUGAAGAGUUCAAGCAAAAGUAUUUGGGAUUGAAUAAGGCUAGUGGUGAGAAGAGAGAUAAGUCCAGUAGUACUGAUGAAGAAGAAUUCACUUACAGAGAUUUCGUUGAGCUUCCAAAAUCUGUUGACUGGAGGAAGAAAGGAGCUGUCACUCCUGUCAAGAACCAAGGUUCAUGCGGGAGUUGCUGGGCGUUUUCAACGGUAGCAGCAGUGGAGGGCAUAAACCAGAUAGUGACGGGGAACUUAACGUCUUUGUCUGAGCAAGAGUUAAUCGACUGUGACACAACCUUCAACAAUGGGUGCAAUGGAGGUCUUAUGGAUUACGCCUUUCAGUUCAUCAUCUCCAAUGGUGGACUUCACAAGGAGGAUGACUAUCCUUAUUUAAUGGAGGAAGGCACCUGCGACGAAAAGAGGGGUGAAUCAGAGAGUGUGACCAUUGAUGGCUAUCGCGACGUGCCCAAAAACGACGAGCAGUCGCUCCUGAAAGCACUGGCAAACCAGCCUCUCAGUGUAGCCAUUGAGGCAUCGGGUCGCGAUUUCCAAUUUUACAGUGGGGGUGUGUUUGAUGGGCAUUGUGGAACUGAGCUUGAUCAUGGAGUUGCAGCAGUGGGGUAUGGAUCUACAAAGGGAAUGGAUUAUAUCAUUGUGAAGAAUUCAUGGGGACCAAAAUGGGGAGAAAAGGGAUUCAUCAGGAUGAAGAGAAACACUGGCAAAUCUGAAGGCAUUUGUGGCAUUUAUAAAAUGGCUUCCUAUCCUACCAAGAACAAGAAGAAAUGAUCUUGUGGCCCACAUGCCUAGCCUGUUUUCUGUUUUCUGUUUUCUGUUUUCAGUACUACUUCACAUUUGUUUCUUAAACAUACAUUUGCUGCUAUAAGUUUCAUUUAUUAAUAUAAUAUCCUAUAUAUGUACUCAUGCAUAACAUUGGAUUGGAUUAUAAACCAAUUAAUCACUCUUUUGUUGUUUCAUGAAAUA